AAGGAACUUACUGUAACCGGGACGCACUCUUUAGUCGGAGUUCCCUUUGUGGACUCACGUAUAGAAACUAAAGUCAGUCCAAUGCUUUAAUCACUGCCCACACAGAAAGAUAUCGCUGUCGGUUUCCUCUCAUUUCCAAGCUGAAAACACUUCAUCCAGUCGCCGGGUAGAGACGGAGCAGAGCCAUGGCAGGGGACGGGUCAGAUCAGCGGGCGCUGCAGUAUGAACAAACUCUGAUGUAUGGGCGCUACACACAGGAGCUCGGGGUGUACGCCAAAGAGGAGGCAGCUCGGCUGAGGGAGAGCGGGCAGAGGCGAUCGGUCAGUGAUCGAAGCCGUACCCUGGACCUGCUGGAGUACGACAAGGGACGCUGUGCCAAGUGUCGCAUUUGCACGGUUCGCUGUCAGAAGUUCCUGAUCUCGCGGGUCGGGGAGGACUGGAUCUUCCUCAUCCUGCUGGGACUCCUCAUGGCCCUGGUCAGCUGGGUGGUGGACUUCUGCAUCGCCAUCUGCCUACAAGCACAGAAGUGGAUGUACGGUGGCCUGGACAGUAAUGUGUUCCUGCAGUAUCUGGCCUGGGUCACUUACCCUGUGGUCCUCAUCACCUUCUCUGCCGGCUUCACCCAGAUCCUCGCUCCGCAGGCUGUUGGUUCAGGGAUUCCAGAGAUGAAGACCAUCCUGAGAGGAGUGGUGUUGAAAGAAUACCUCACCUUUAAAACGUUUGUGGCCAAGGUCAUCGGCCUCACCUGUGCUCUGGGCAGCGGCAUGCCCCUGGGCAAGGAGGGUCCGUUCGUACACAUCGCCAGUUUGUGUGCUGCUCUCCUCAGCAAGUUCAUGUCUCUGUUUGGGGGAAUUUAUGAGAAUGAGUCGAGGAACAUUGAGAUGCUGGCAGCAGCCUGUGCUGUAGGAGUGGGCUGCUGUUUUGCUGCACCUAUUGGAGGAGUGUUGUUCAGUAUUGAAGUAACGUCCACAUUCUUUGCGGUGAGGAACUAUUGGAGAGGUUUCUUUGCUGCUACCUUCAGUGCCUUCAUCUUCAGAGUACUGGCUGUUUGGAACAGAGACGAAGAGACCAUCACGGCCCUGUUUAAAACCCGUUUCCGGCUAGACUUUCCCUUUGACCUCCAGGAGCUUCCUGCCUUUGCUGUCAUUGGUAUUGCCAGUGGUUUUGGUGGGGCUUUGUUUGUGUACCUGAACCGACUCAUUGUCCAGUUCAUCAGGAAACAGAAGGCCAUCAACAGAUUCCUCAUGAAAAAACGUCUGCUGUAUCCAGCACUGGUCACUUUACUUGUUUCCACUCUAACAUUUCCCCCUGGCUUUGGACAGUUUAUGGCUGGCAAGCUCACCCAGAAGGAGUCUCUGGUGACACUACUGGACAACCGGACAUGGGCUAAACAGGGCAUUGCUGAGGAGUUUGACUACAACGGACACUCUCAAGCCUGGAAACACCCACAGGUCAACGUCUUCGUCACCCUGGUCCUCUUCAUCGUCAUGAAGUUCUGGAUGUCUGCCCUGGCCACCACCAUCCCAGUGCCCUGCGGAGCCUUCAUGCCAGUAUUUGUCAUUGGGGCAGCUUUUGGUCGUCUGGUUGGAGAAAGCAUGGCAGCCUGGUUCCCAGAUGGCAUUCACACAGAUGGCACCAUCUACCCCAUAGUGCCAGGAGGCUACGCUGUCGUGGGUGCGGCGGCCUUGUCAGGAGCGGUCACCCACACGGUUUCCACUGCCGUCAUCGUGUUUGAGCUGACUGGUCAGAUCUCCCACAUCCUGCCGGUGAUGAUAGCAGUGAUCCUGGCCAACGCCGUGGCCCAGUCCCUGCAGCCCUCCCUCUAUGACUCCAUCAUCAGGAUCAAGAAGCUGCCCUACCUUCCAGAGCUGGGCUGGGGACACCACGAGAAGUAUAAUAUUCGUGUGGAGGACAUUAUGGUGCGGGACGUGCGCUACAUCACUCUCAACUGCUGCUACAGAGACCUGCAUAACGUCCUGCUGACGGGCCACCUCAAGACCCUGGCGCUGGUGGAGUCAGCGGAGUCCAUGAUCCUGCUGGGCUCCAUCGAGCGUGCCCAGCUGCAGUCACUGCUCUCCCAGCAGCUCGGUCGCCCCAGGCGGCUAGAGUACAUCAGGGCGCGAGCUGCAGUGGAGAAGAAACGCCUAUCGGUCGUGUCAAACCCCGGCAGCGAGGACGACAGCCAGCGGGCCAGUCAGGAGGUCCGCUUCCAGAUCUCUACAGAGGAAUCAUCCUUUAGUCCUACUCGUCCAGUCCCUCAGAAGCCCCUCAAACCUGCUCUGAAGAGAUCCUCUGUGGUUGAGCGACCCACCGAGAUCCCAACCCAUCCACAUGAUAAUUCGGGCAUUGCUUUAAAGAACCUGUUCUGUGCCAGUCCAGACACAGAGGGCCUGGAGAAAAACAACAACAUGGAGAGCCCCGCGUCUCCUGAGCUCAGGAAGCCGUCCAAACGAGUCAGGAUAUCCGUCGUGGAUGAUGGAGAUAUGGAGGACGACAUGACCAUCAGAGAGAUUGCAGAGUGGGAGGAGAAGCAGCUUGAUGAGCAGGUCAACUUCAACAACUGCAAGAUCGACCCUGCCCCGUUCCAGCUGGUGGAGCGCACGUCGUUGCACAAGACCCACACCAUCUUCUCCCUGCUGGGCCUCGACCACGCCUACGUCACCAGCAUUGGACGCCUCAUCGGGGUGGUUUCCCUCAAAGAACUUCGCAAGGCCAUCGAGGGCUCUGUGACGGUGAAAGGUGUGAAGGUGCGUCCUCCUCUGGCCAGCUUCCGGGACAGUGGCACCAGCAGCAGUGAGAACGAAGCCACAGAGCUCCACAAGCUGUGGGACCGCCACAAGAGCAUGUCGCUGCCCCGCGAACACACCCCCUCUGAAUCUGAUGAGAAAUCCCAGUGAGGGGAAGCAGAGGAGGAGGGGAAGGAGGAAGAAGAAGAGCAGGUGGAGGAAGAGGAGGAGGAGGAGGAGGAGUGAGGCAUUGAGGUCUUUUAUCCCCCCCAAAGCCACAAACAUGCAAAAAUCCUCAGGGCUUAGGAUCAAUAUUUAAUUCUGGAAAGAGUUCUACUGCUACACCAGCCUCCUCUCAACUCCUCAUCUACUCCUCUCUCUCCCCCUCCACCAUCACUCUGCUUCAUGGACCACCCAGUACUUUCUCCUGGAGCCUUGCACUGACCAAGCCAGACACUCCACAGGAGGGUGGAACACAACUCGACCUGUGCCCUGCUCUCCGUUUUCCCUCGGGAACCCACAGCAGAGCGAAUGUGGAUUAGGGAGGGGGAAAAAAAUGCUCGUUGGUCGAAACCAACAAGGGACUGGGAAUAGGCUGAAAUCUUUUUUUUCUAAAAAGGGAUUUUUUUUUUUUUUUUUUUUUAAGCAGACUUUGUUUAGCUCAUGUAUCCUUAGAGUUCAGAUCAAAGUUUGGACAUGCAAGAGUUAUCUUUUGAACGAGUCUUCCACUUGAGCAGAGAAAUCCAGCAAUGAUGACAAGGAAGAAUAACGUAUGUGUGUACUGUAAGUGUGAAUGAAAAAUGUGAGGGCAUGACGAAGGAAGUAGCAAACGACUAUUUCUUACACAAAUUUUUUAUUGCCUUUAGAGUACAUUUCAGUCUUUGUUUUCCAGCUUGAAUAAUUUAAUUUCUGACUGAUCAGGUGGUCUGGGUUUAACUGGAAUUAGCCAAGGCGCCAUUUCUUUGUAAAAACAAAUUAAGGUUUGACCCACUGUCAAGCAUUGGACUCACAUAGGGACAGAUGCCUUAGUUUCCUGUAUUUUCAUUAUUCCCCUUCUCCUUGCUGUUGUCAUCUCAUCUCAUCAGUACGAGUCUUAAUGGUCAGGUUGAGAGUACAGUCUAUGCAAGCAGACAUGCCUGUAGGCAGCGGCGGAAGCACCUGUAGCCCUUUUCAUAAUGUACACACUCCUUUCAUACCGUAGCUACAGCCUCGUAUCACAAAGACACAUAGAAACACACACAAAGAUUCUGCGGCGAUGCACUCCGAGAGUGGAGGUUUUCUGCUUAUCUAAAUAUAGCUCUUAAUAACUGUUCAGAGAAGGUUGGUUGGGGCGGAUGGAGAGCGCAGGAAGCGAGGGAGGGAGGGAGGGAGGGAGGGAAGGAGGAAGAGCAGGGAGCAAAUGGAUGGCUGAAAGAAUGAAGACAUCAUUGCCUAACCAGCUGCUCCGGGCCCUCUCAUCAAUCUGCCUUUGAUCGCAGUGUUAGCUAACCUCCAUUGCUAUUGGAGACACAGACCACCACCACCGCCGCCGCCACCACCCACCAGCUGUAUGAUGUAAUGGUCCAGGGCUGAGGCAGACUCUGGUCUCAACAUGUAUAACAGAACUACAAGACAAUAUGUGUGAGCAGAAUUAGCUCGAUUAAUGUAGACCAGCAGCCUGAGAGCACUGAAGCGCGAUCCAGUGAGAUGAACUGGUGCAAAGACACAAAAAGGAAAUCCAUAACUGACCAACAGGCCUGAUUCAGAAAUGCAGUUUGACCAUUUAAAACUCACUCAGUUGACCAGGCAAACUCAUUACCGCACAAAAUUAACACUCCGGCUUCUAGCUCAUCAUGAAUGACCGAUAAACCAGGAACUUGAGCCAUUCAUAUUCUGAUGCCAGCAUGGUUUCAGACUCAGAAGCAGCCUCACAUGACAGAUAACGUAUCAGUACAGUGUAUUUAAAAAUUCAUGUCUGCUAUAAUGCUUCAGGCUUGUCAGCGUGCUCUCUGCUCAUCGACAGAAAAACAUUGAUUUGUUUACCCUUCCCUCCAUCCCUCCAUCUUUUCCACUUCCACUUCCAUUUUUUUUUAAAUUAACUUGGCUACUGACCCCAAAUACUGUUUGUGUGUAUUAUAUAUAUAUAAUUUUUUUUUUUUUUUGGACCAGGCAAGGAUGCCCUCUACUCCCCACAGACUUUACGCUACUGUUUUGAUGCCUUAAAAACUCACUCAUGUACCCAGCUUCGUUGUCCUUUUCAGCAUAUGAUGCAUUGCAUGGAUUUUACAUUUGAUGGUGUUUUGUUACACACCACUGAAAGUAAAAUACGGAGAAAUAGCAUGGCUCUGCAUGAGAGUGUGCAUGGUGAUUUGUUUUACGGGAUCAAAAUGUACAAAAAAAAACAAAAAACUAAAGCUUGACAGAAAUGAAAACUGGACAGGUGAAUGACAUUGUCUUAUACUUACCAUCCUGUGCCUGUGCGCAUAUGUAUCCUUACACUGUCUUAUUUUAUACCUAUACCAUCUGAUUAUUUCACUUUGAUUGGCAUCUUCAUUCAUCCAAUGAGCUUUAUCUGUUGCCUGAUUUAAACUGGGGAUGGGUUCUUAGGGUUAGCAAAGUUAUACGUACAGAUUAAUAUAUUUAACAUCAUUCCUGUAAUAUAAAAUCAUAAUUUAAUGUCUUAACCAAUCUGAAAUGGUCGACUAUUCUCUUUUUUGAAAGAGAUUUUGAGGCUUGUCAUGUUUGUUGUAUUUUUUUCCACAUUUGAUGAUUUUUUUAAAUGUUGAUUUUCAUUCUGGCCUUUAUGAUUGUUUGUUUUGUUUUGUUUUUUGACAUGUCUGAAACAUUUCUACGAAGACACUCAUUUCUAAAGUGGAAAUAACACUACCGGGGUGAAGGCCCAUAAGGGCUGCCUUAUAGGAAAACAGAAGAAGUGUAAUUGUGAGGCCAGGAGAAGCUGCACAUUGAAGGGUCCAGCACAUGGUGUGUUAGCGACACGUUCAUUCCACAAGUGCCUGCAUCGGCUCCUCCUCUUCAUCAGCACGAAUAAGCAACCGGCACCAAAGUGUUUGGUUCUGGUUUUCUAGUCAUACGCACGUAGACGAGGCACUUUUCACGCACACAUCCGUACGAAUCUGGAAGCAGGGUUGAUGAUGUGUCUGCACGGUGUGUAAUUAUCACCAUGGCAACCCGUUGUCAUUGCUGCACCAGUGCCUACCCUGCCUCCCACACCCCCACACUCCUACAACCCUGACCCCCACCCGUCCACCCCGGGGACUGACCGAGAUCCACUCGUCUGAUUUGGUUCUGUUCAUUUGUUUGUGCUUCUUCGAUCUUCAUUGUUCUUCCUUCUACCAGAGCCUUCCCUCCGCGGGCUUUCAGAAUUUUUCAUUUCAUUUGCUACCAGACAGAUAUAGGCCGAGGUAGAUGCAUAUUUAUUAGUCUGUAUUAAUCAAAAGUAGAAGUUCAGUUUUUUUUUCCAUUCUUUUUAUGGAUGAUCUACUUGUUGGUAAUCAAUUUGUGCAAUAACGGUUGUUCAUCUCACUUUGUAACCCACUUUUAAUUGAUGACAUGAAUGCAAGAUAACCUUAUUUUUGUAAAGAAACCUGAAAAGUGUAAAAAGAUGUAUGUAUAUGAGGAGAACUGAUGCUCACACAGGAGCUUGAGUGUGAUAAAGUGAUGUUUGGUUUAAGGGGAAGGUUUCCCAGAAGCCUCGGUAAAAGCUGUCAGAAUCUCAGUCGAGUCAGCAUUGAAAUAUUUAAGACACGGCUUGCACCUUUAGGUGUUCGGUUCAAGCAGAAGAAUGGCUUUGACUCCUCAUUUUGGCUCUGGGAAACCUUCUCUGUCUGGUCUGAAAAGGCUCUCUGGUGGAUCCUGCUGCAUGGACCGGCGCUCUCGUACAAGAACCCCGUAAACACUGAUGCCGGAUCAGUUUUACCAGACUCCCCUCUCUAAGCUCUCCUUCAGUCUGAGGGGCUAAGAUAAAACCUGAUCCUCACAUCAGCUGUUGAGGGUUAUCUCUUAUCCAAUCCUUAGGGCUCUUAGGGACUAUACAUUGUACAUAUUAGCGGCCUCCGCUACGGCAAACCACAAGGCCGAACCAGACAGAGCUGAACAAAACCCAGAGCUAUUUUUCACACAGAAAAAUGAAACAUUGUUUUGUAUAUCAGGGAUGAAUAAAUGAGAUUUUAACAAGUA